ACGCCGCACGGCGUUCUUGCGCGUGUAUGUUUUGCUCGUUUACUCGAUCAGAACCGGCAAAAUGGACGAUAUAGCGCUCCGAGUGUCUGAUCAUGUUUUAGAAGUGAUAUUUUCCUAUUUAGACUUGCAAACGUUGAGAAACUGUUCGCUGGUGUGCAAACGAUGGAACCGUUUCCUAAACGAUGAGAAUAAUGAAGCGUGGAGGAUGCACUGCAUCAGAAAGUUGGCUCAGGAGGCGCUUAGUUCUGAUUUAUUGUCGUCGGUGCCUACUUACAAAUCGAAGCUCCGUGCGUUUUACCACGCGUGGAAUCCUAAUGACUGCUCCCGUAACAUUUACAUUAGGCCCAAUGGAUUUACCAUGCACAGUUAUAGGAAUCCAGUUGCUCAGAGCACAGAUGCCUGUAGAGGUAAAAUUGGCUUUCGGCAUGGACGUCAUGCUUGGGAAGUCAUUUGGGAAGGACCUUUGGGAACGGUAGCAGUAAUAGGCAUUGCUACAAAAGAAGCACCUCUUUUGUGUCAUGGAUAUGUAGCAUUAGUUGGCUCUGACGAACAUUCAUGGGGAUGGAAUCUAGUAGAUAAUCACCUGUUACACAAUGGAAAUGUACAAGGGAAUUAUCCCUUGCUUAAUAAUGCUCCAAAAUACCAGGUUGGGGAAAGAAUUAGAGUAAUAUUAGAUUGUGAUGAUAACACGUUAUCUUUUGAAAGAAAUUAUGAAUUUUUGGGAGUGGCAUUUAGAGGGUUGCCAGACAAAAGACUAUACCCGUCUGUAUCUGCCGUAUAUGGGAAUACAGAGGUAUCUAUGGUGUACUUAGGACCACCUCUAGAUGGCUAACACUUUACUUCUGGUAGAUCCCCUGAGGCUUGAUCAAGGCUGUAUGUUGAAGUCUGGAUGAGUGCAAAUUUUUUGCAUCAAAACGUCUACUAUGAAGUAGAAUAAGCACACGAAUGAACUGAUACAUUUUAAGAGAGAUGUGUGCCUGUUCAUUCAGUCAAUAACAUUGUAAAUAGUAUUAGCAUUCCAUUUCAAUCGAUAAAUCCAUGGUAGUGCUUUAUACAAUGCUAACAGUUACUCGACAAGCAACAUCCAUGAAUUACACUCGAGAUCAUAUGUUCGCUAAUAACUAGCGAUCUGUAUACAUUUGAUAAUGAAAUUUCUCGUUUCAUUUUCACGAUUGAAAGUACUUUUACACGAGAAAGUUGAGUGACGUAUCACUGAUUUCGAAAUAAACAUGUAAAAAAUAUUCUUGAAUUAGGAAAAGAAGUUCCUCUGCGAAGAAGAUAUAAACGUUCUUCUAUAAGCGGAAAUGAAUCGGAAUUAUUUUGAAAUUUCAAGUUCUUUUUAAAUCAUGUAGAUUAAAACUUUUUAGUUGAUAUUUAUGCACAUAGAAAUAAGUAUUAUUCUUUACUCUUCCAUGCAGUAUUAAUAUUCGAGUCGUUGUAAAAAUAUAUGCUUUAUAUGAAUCAUAAAAUCUACUCAUAUGCCAAAUAAAUGGCAAAUUCUUACUUGUUUAUGAAAUAGUCACAUACUGUGGUAAUUAGCUUAUUUCUUACCACUAUUUACAAAGUCUACCAUUUAACAUUACAUUUGUUAUUUUUGUCAUUUUUAUGACUUAUGCAUAAUUUUGUAGGAAUUAUGAAAGAAACAGCUGUGAUUCAUUUAUAUUUUAUUAGCAUAUCUGUUUUUUCAAUGAUGUCUGCACAGGCGUUUUACUUAUUUAUUUAUGGCUGUUGAAGCGCGUUGCGUAUGGCUUACAAGACAUUUCACAUUUAAUAGAUUAAAUACUAAGGUCCUUUCUUACAAAAAUUUAUGCGCUUCAGUUUUUUUUUUUUAUUAUAUAUAGAUAUUUAUACAUAUUUUAAAUUAAUAUUUAUUUCCUAAUGGUAAGAAGAGACCUUUUUCUUUUUAACACUGAUAGAACUCAAGCAGCGAAAUCGUCAAACAAAUCGAAGACAACUUCGUAAUUACAGUAUACAGGGUGUUCCACUUAAAGUGUUCAUAGCUGCUUUAUUUUUCAAUGUAUAAAGCAAUGUCGUAAAUUGUAAAAUAUCAAAUUCCGAUCGAUUUGUAUGAUAAUUAAUAAUUUUCCUUUUUAAGUAGAGCGACGUUAGAAAAUGAAACUAGUACCUGUGGAAUUCAUCUAUGUAAUAUCAUAGUCGAACUGAUUUUUUUUUUUUUUUUUUGUUUUUUACGAAAAUUUUGCGUUACGGUAUACUGUGUGUAAUAUAGCUUUGUGUGUAAAGUUCCAUAGUCGUGAAAUCAUCAUGUAUUCAUAUUCACGGUGUGAAAUUCAAUGAUCACUAUUGUGAUUGAUGCACAACAGGUUUUAUUUAAUUAAUGUAAUCAACACUUCGAUUCGCUUACGCAUUUAGUCUGGGAAAAUCAUGUGUCGACUAUGUGUGAAAGUUGUAUAUCGUGCUUUGUGAAAUGUAUUUGUAGAUAGUAAUUAAUCACCGGCGUCGGCGAUCGACGCUGCAACGUCAAGAGAUAUUUCAUAAAUCACGAGAAUGGUUUUUUAAUGUAUAUAUUUAUUAUCGUCAUUAUGUUUGUUACGUGUAGCUUCAAUGAAAUUAGGUUUUUCUAAACUUUUGUACAGAAUCGUGUACAUAUAAUAGCGAUCAUGAGAUGUAUGAGGGGGAAAUAAACCUUAUUUCGUAUAUAUCCAAUGGUUUCAUUCGCAUAAAUAGCAAACAUUACGAGUCAUGGACUGAUUUAGAACUAAUACCUCUCUUCCGAUCGAUGAUCGAUAUACAGUUGAGUCUCCAUGGGAAAAAAGCAUAUUUCUCGUUUUAGAAAAUGCGAAACGUAAUAUAAGUUACUUCGAUAAUACGAACUACCAAUAUUACACGUGGAGUAUAGUGGUGCCUUAUUACAAUUCUUUCGAUGUAAUCUCGAUGUGAUUACAAUAAUACAAUGAUAGUAUUAAGAAGUCCAAUUUUAAUCGACAUGAACCAGUUGAAACGAUUCGAACCAUCGAUGAGAAAAGAAACCAAAGUACAUCGUUUUGUAAAUACACGUGUUACACGCGCAUCAUGUAACCAUAUUCGCGAAACUAUUCUGUACAAACGUUUAGAGGAAGUGUGAAUUAGUCGUGAUACGAUUAAGCUUGGAACACCGGUAUACUUGCGCGUAUAUCAGAAGUGUGAGAGUUUUAAAUAAAAAGAAGAAAAAAAAGAAUGUACAUCGCUCUGUAAAUAAAUUAUUUUAUUUUAAU